AUGAACCGCGUUCGAGGAGCGAUUAGGAGCGGGCUCGUACUGCACACGGUUGCCUUCGUCUCUGGAGGUCUCACCAUGUCGGCCCUGCUCAGCUCGUCUCCCAUCUCGCCUGCCUCCCCUUCGCUCUACACUCUCGCCACCACUCAGCCCUCUCACUACUCGACGCCAUCUUCCUCGCUCGUUUCACCUUCUUCAGGACUCUCCCUCGCUUCCUCCACCGAUCCCCUCUCUUCUCCGUCGUCAUCGGCUUCGUCGCAAUCGCAACCCCCAUCUUCGCCAACGCCUGCCGCAGAGGAGGAGGCUACAGCGUCGAUCCAACCGAAGUACACGUUCAGCACGCCCCACUUCGCUCUGGGCGACCUUCCUCUCUUUGCCAAGGCGAAGGUGCGGCUGGGCGAGCUGUUCACGGGCCUCCGCGAUGAGGAAUGGAAGCACACCAACGUGGCGCUGGGAAUCUCGCUGCAGCUGAGGAGAAGCCCUAAGACCGUGGAUGAAAUCGAAGAGGAACGCUACUGGCAGGAGAGCGAAGAAGAAGAGGAAGAGGAGUGGUAG